CGCCAGAUGACUCGUUGAUAACUUUGCAUUCGUUCGAUGAGUAUCGGAUACCGAUCGGACGGCUCACGAAGCCGUUUGGUCAAUAAGAAGCUCUUCGCGAAACUUGAGAAAGCAUAAUGUACAUGUGACGCGAGCAAAAUAUCGUAUAUUGAUGCAGUACGUGACGUGUACUUAUUUAAUAAGAAUUUCAUCAAAAGAAAAAUAAUAACAGCGAUGAAAUUGUGUAACAAAUAAGAAAGAAUAAGAAUAGUGUUGACUUGGAUCAUAGAAAAAACAAGUUGCAGCGGAAUCUUUUUUCUAUAGUCGAAAGAAAGGUCAACCCUUGUCUGGAUUCUAUGCAAUGUACCGGCGCCCCACCCCCAUUCACUGUUUGUCCUUUAAAUCUAACCCCUUACUACGUAUUGAAGGGUAGCAUGCCGUAUACUAUGCAAAUCUAUUAUCAGCGUUGUCAUUGUUUCAGAGUUACAUUUUAUAAUAUAAAGAAAUUUUAAAAUUUUUUAAAAUUAUUUUUGGAUACACAAAUUUUAUUGUAUCUAUGACGUGAUUUUGAAGUUGAUAUUAUAACAAAUUCAAUAUGUAUGCAUUAAAAAUGCAAACUGCCUGUCAAAGCGAAGGCAGUGGAGAACCUGAUGAUCCAAGUAAUCAUCAUCAGGAACCUGUUAGACCUCCAGCACAGGAUUGUAGCUCAUUUGAUAUUGUUAGGGCAACUCAGUAUGGAGCUUUGGAUCGUGUGACUGAAUUAGUAGAAGCUGGUGCUGAUGUAAAUCAACCAGAUUCAGAAACUGUAACAUUAUUACAUUGGGCAGCAAUAAACAAUCGAAAAGACAUUGUAAAAUAUUUAAUUGCAAAAGGAGCUAUCGUUGAUGCAAUUGGUGGUGAGCUAGCUUCCACACCACUACAUUGGGCUACAAGACAGGGCCAUUUAUCUACAGUUGUGAUAUUAAUGAGAGCAGGAGCAGAUCCAACUCUUAGAGAUUCAGAAGGAUUCUCAUGUAUUCAUUUAGCUGCACAAUUUGGUCACACUUCUAUUGUUGCUUAUCUAGUUGCUAAAGGAGUAAAUCCAAAUAUGCCAGACAGAAGUGCAAUGACACCCCUUAUGUGGAGUGCCUAUAAAGUUAAUAGUUUUUUCUUUUACAGUUUAGAUCCAACACGUUUGUUACUGACUUUAGGAGCAUCUCAUUCACUCGCAGAUAAUUUACAUGGUAACACUGCUUUGCAUUGGGCUAUUAUAGCUGAAAAUAGUACAGCAAUAUCAACAUUAGUUCAUCAUGGAGCAUCUUUGGAUGUACCAAAUAUAAGAGAUGAAACACCAAUGACAUUGUUAGGUCGUCAUAUUGGUGCUGCCUGGUUAGGACAUAAACUUAGUCAAGAAAUCAGAGAAAAACAGGGCAGAACAAGAACAUGGUGUAGAGAUAAGAGAAUGCGCUGGUAUUGUAUGGUCAGUACACCAUUUAUAGUUUUCUAUGUAAUUGGAAUGAUUUUUCAAAGUGGAUUGCAUUAUCUAGUAAAAUUAGGUGCCUUUGUCACUCUUCAUAUAGCAUUAUAUUUAGCUAAUCAUUUUAUCUUCGAUGAACGAUUAUUUCAUAUUAUACCAAUGUCAAUUUAUUUGGCUACAAAGAUGUGGAUAUACGUGACAUGGAUAUUUUGGUUAGGUAUACAUGCUGCUUGGUAUUUAUGGUUACUAUUAGUUAGUGGAUCUGUUCCACUUUGGAUAUGUUUCUUACAAUCCUGGAGAGGUGAUCCAGGUGUAAUUACAGCUACACAUGAAGAUAAAUUAAAUACGAUUAUAGAGUUAGCAGAGUCUGGUGGUUUUGAACCACAAUCAUUUUGCAGCAGUUGCUUGGUUAGAAGACCUAUGAGGUCUAAACAUUGUUCUACAUGCGAUCGAUGCGUAGCACGUUUUGAUCAUCACUGUCCUUGGAUCAAUAAUUGCAUUGGUGCGCAUAACCACAAGUAUUUUCUGGGAUUUUUAGCAUCAUUAUUAGGUCUUUGUAUUGUUGUUUUAUCCGCUAGUGUACAGUAUUGGCAAUUUGAAUGUUGGACAAAUUUAACAAAUGGGCAUAGCGCUGAUAAUUAUUUAGUUGCUGCAGCUACCUGUGAUGCUUGGGUAAUGUGGGUUGCAGCAAAUACAUGUCUUCAUUUCUUUUGGGUUGGCACGCUGCUUGCGUGUCAGUGUUAUCAGAUCAUGGUACUUGGAAUGACAACAAACGAGCGUAUGAAUGCUGGACGCUACGCGCAUUUUAAACAAGGGAAUCCUUUUCAUCGUGGUGCUCUUCAAAAUGCAGCUGAUUUUUGCAAUUUAAGCUUUUGCGGUGUAAAAGCAAAACCCAGUUCAGACUGGUUGCAUAGUUUUGAUCACAAACAGAGUAUUGAAAAAUUACCUCUACUUGCUACAAAAGAUAACUUCCAAUAUAUUUAGAAUUUUUCUUAAGGAUCACUGUCAUAGAAGAUAAAAGAAUUUUGCCAUCAGAAGCUAAUAUAGUGUGUCAUAUCACUUAUGCUUGAAGCAUACUUUUGGAUUACCAAAGAGUUACUACAUAAUUGGAAGUGACUUUUAAAAAAAUAGUGAUUUUGCAUAUAUGAAUUUAAAUUGCAUAUUAUAAGUAAUUUCUUAUACUAAAUGAAAUACAAAUUUUAACAUUCAUCUACUAUGAAAGACUGUUCUAUGACGUAAGUAUGCAUAUCCUAUAUUUGUGUAUUCUAGUUUGUGAAUAUGAAACAAAAAAACACAUUGCACAAGUACUUUGACUCUAUUUUUACAACAAAUUAUGAGCCAAGAUUUUUUUUCUCUAUAUAUUAUUACAAUUUACUCGAUAUAAAUGAAAUGUUAAUAUAAUUGAUUAAGAAAUAGUUUACUUUACAUUGCAUUGUAAAUAUUUAUAUUUUUCAUGUAUAGAUAUUUCUAUACAUGAUCAUGUAAUCAUUAAACAUGAAUAUGUUAA